CGCUGAUGACGGGUCGCAAAUUGGAACUUGACGUUGUUUAUUGUUUAGGACAUAGUUAUACAUCGUAAAUUCGUAAACAUGACGGGAAUACUACCAACGUACCAACGAUUCGUUAAUGGGGUUCCCGUACCCUCAAUAUCUCGCCGUUCAUUUCGUCUCCGCGAAAAAUACUUAAUUAUUUCUGUACUCUUGACAUUCGGAAUCGUGUGGUUAGGUGCGCUCUUCUAUUUACCAGAGUUUAAAAGUUCAAUAAGCGUGAACGACAGUGUGUAUGAUGUGUACAAACGUAUUCAGAAAGCAGGUCCUGAGCUGCUCAUGCCACCUCCCUUAGCGCAGAAUGAAGUCGGAGACUUUCCCGUUGUUGGGAUCGUGCGUCAUGGGGAGGAAGGUGAUGAUCCUCAUAUUGUGGAAGACAGGAAUCGCCUACGAGCUAAGAUAAAUGAGGACAUGGGUAUGAAAGUGCUAGAGAGACCGCAAUUUGAUGUCGCACCUUCCUUAUCGUCUUCUCGAGGGCCUAGCAAAGCCCCCGUGGAUGCUAUUGAAGAACCCAAUGUUGCAAAUAAUGCAGGCAAAGAUGUUUCUCCCUCUGGUGAAAAAUACUUGGCAGGAGUCAAUAAGUAUGUCUUACCGCUGAUGGACUCUAAUACAGACCCAGAAAUCAGGCACAAACGUGAAACUGUGAAAGAGAUGAUGCGUCACGCGUGGAACAACUACAAGCUGUACGCGUGGGGCAAGAACGAGCUGAAGCCGAUAUCGAAGCGGGCGCACCUGACGAGCGUCUUCGGCGGUGGAGACCUCGGCGCUACCAUAGUGGACGGCAUGGACACGCUUUACGUCAUGGGCCUGAUGGAUGAGUUCAGAGAGGGCAGGGAGUGGAUCGCUGAACACUUUCAUAUUAACGAAAUCGACUCCGAUCUAUCUGUAUUCGAGAUGACGAUCCGUUUCGUGGGCGGAUUGCUGUCGUGCUACGCGUUGACCGGCGACACCGUGUUCCGGGAUAAGGCGGCGGAGGUGGCUGAUGUUUUGCUACCAGCGUUUGAUACCCCCACUGGGAUACCGCAUGCGCUUAUCAAUCCGACUAAUAAGGCAAGCCGACAAUAUCAUUGGGCAGGUUCGAACAGUAUCCUCUCUGAAAUUGGAACGUUACAUCUAGAGUUCACUUAUCUGAGUGACGUCACAGGGAAAGAAGUUUACAGGCAGAAGGCGGCCCGUAUCCGCGAAGUGCUACACAAUAUACAGAAACCGGACGGCCUCUACCCGAACUAUAUCAACCCGAGGAGCGGACAGUGGGGACAGAGGCACAUGUCGCUGGGCGCGCUGGGCGACUCGUUCUACGAGUACCUGCUGAAGGCCUGGCUCGUCACCAACAAUGAAGACGAACAGGCGCGUAUUAUGUUCGACGAGGCAAUGCAAGCGGCGUUGGAUAAGAUGCUUCGAGUUUCGCCGGCGGGAUUAUCUUACCUGGCUGAGUUGAAGUAUGGCAGGAUAUUUGAGGAGAAGAUGGACCAUUUGUCGUGUUUCGCUGGUGGUAUGUUCGCCCUUGCGUCCACAACGCUAGAAAACUCGCUGUCCGACCGCUACAUGGACGUGGCCCGCAAGCUGACGCACACGUGCCACGAGAGUUACGUACGAUCCGACACCAAACUGGGCCCGGAGGCUUUCAGGUUCUCAGGCGCAAUAGAAGCGCGUGCGAUGAAAAGCAACGAGAAGAUGUAUCUGCUGCGGCCGGAGACGUUCGAGAGCUACUUCAUCAUGUGGCGACUCACUAAGGAGCAGAAGUAUCGCGACUGGGCCUGGGAAGCUGUUGAGGCCCUAGAGAAGCACUGUCGCGUGGAGGGCGGGUACACGGGCGUGCUGAACGUGUACCACGCGGCGCCGCAGGGCGACGACGUGCAGCAGAGCUUCUUCCUCGCCGAGACGCUCAAGUACUUGUACCUGAUAUUCGCCGACGACUCUCUACUCUCACUGGACGAGUGGGUGUUCAACACUGAAGCCCAUCCACUCCCCGUCAAGGACAAGAACCCAUUAUACAGAGCUGCCGACAAACAAGAGGAUAACCAAGUUUAAUUGCACUUUACACUUAAACUUUGAGUUGUGAGUCACUCACUUAAACGUUGUUGAAGUUGUGAGACUUACACUAUACACUUUGAGUUGUGAAUCACUUCAGUAAUAUAACUGUUCGGUUCGGUUUACUCCGGGAGGAUAACUAACUUUAGAGUUACACUUUGAGUUGUCACAUCACUUAUAAAUUAAAAGUUGUAAGAUUUGACCAUGUUCAGUUUUAUAAAGGAUAUCCUCUGGUAGAAAAACUAAACCAGUUCUUACUCACACUUUCAAUUUGCACUUUGAGUUGUGCGUCACUUUACUGGUACGCUAUUACAGUUGGAAGACUUACACUUUGUAUUUUGAGUUGUGAGUUACUUCACUGAUUAUUGUUAUGUAUACGUGAAAUAAAGUAAUGUGACUUGCGGAUUCAGUUUCUUACAUAAGGAUAACCGAAUCUAGAAUUACACUUUCACUUUACAUUUUGAGUUGUGAGUCAUAAAUCGAUUAAGUGUUUUAACUAUCGUGGAAAACAACGAUUACUUCUUUGAUUUCACACGUUAUAAGAUUAACGGACGUAUGCGUGUUUUAAUCAAACUUGGUAUUAAUUUUUUUAAUACAGUUUUUAUUCGAAUCUGAUAGAAAAUUAUAGAAUAUUAUUUAUUAUAAGAAAAUUAAAUCUUGAUUUCGUUAAUCUUACUGAAGCAAUAUGUGCUAAUUAAAAAUAUGUAUUUAUUAUGUAAAAUUAAAAACGAAAGUAAAUGAAAAGUCAUUUAGUGGGUACUUAUCAUAUUGUAACUCAUAGGUACCCACAAAUCUACAUUAGGUA